GGCUCGAAGCAUGCCCGCGCGCUACUGGUACAAUGUAGAUCUCCUGGGCGCGCCGCCUUGCUGCCUGCGGCACGCCAUGGCGCCCCGCGCACCGAGGGCAGCUGCCAGGGCGCUGGCCGCCGCGGUGCUGUGCCUGCUCGCGUGGCCGUCGCAGGCCGCGCGCCAGGCGCGGAGAGGGGGACCUGCGGCAAGCUCGCCCAUCGGCGACGUCUUCGACAGGGUGCGCUUCGCCGCGGUGCGCAUCGAGGCGAUCACGUCGGAGGUCGACUGGUUCCGCCCCUACCGCCUGGGCGAGGAGUGGCGCUCCACGGGCUCCGGGUUCGCCGUGUCCUUCGCCGGCCUGAAGGAGGUGCCCCAUCAGUACGCGGUGGGCUCCGACGCGGACAUGCGGCUCGAGGUGGCCAUGGCCAUGAGCGAGGGGUCCCCCGUGUUCUUGACGAACGCGCACGUGGUGCGCAACGCACACCGCGUCAACGUGCAGAUGCCGGCCCUGGGGCAGGAGAAGUUCCAGGCCUACGUGCCGGUCAUCUGCGAGGAUUUCGACAUCGCCUUGGUCAGGCUCCAGGAGCCCAAGAGGUUCCUGAGCGCGCUGUCCGCGUACAACGCCUCCGUGCGGCCAUUUGACAUCCGGCUGAACUCGAGCGACAUCGUGCACAUGGGGCUCGGUGUCGUGUCCGUGGGCUUCCCCCUGGGCAGCUCGACUUUGAAGCUGGGGACGGGUAUCAUCUCGGGCACGGAGGAGACGAGCACCAGGAUCGGCCGAGCGUUUGGGCGCGCGCGCAUUGCCUCCGACCCCGCGGCCGGCAGGCCCCCUCCUGGCCAUGGACAGCUCCGGCGAGUACCAGGUGAUCGGGAUCAACUACGCCUCCGCGGCAUCGUCGAAGGCGCAGAAUACGAACUACGUCCUGCCAUCGGUUCACAUCUUCCCCGUGCUCCACGAGUUCGUGGAGCACGAGGGCUCCGAGAGUGGCCCCGACGAGCACGUGCAGCUGCGGUUCGCCCCCAUCGGGGCGACGUUCAUCGAGUCCACCGACGCCAUCUACAACGCUUCGGGCGGCUGCACCAGCGGGCCGCUCGUCUCCAAGAUCUCGGCGAGGUCCGUGCUGGCAUUUGCCGAGCCCCCGAUCCCGGAGCAGGUGCAGCUCGUGGCAGUGGACGGCGUUCAGCUUGACAAGUUCGGCAUGGGCAGGACGCCCGGAUUCUCCGGGCACCCCGUACCGUUCGGCAGCAUUCUGACUGCCCGCGCCGACAUGAACAAGACUCAGUCCGUGACCAUCUGCCAGAACGGCAAAGAGUCCACCCACGUGGUGUCCAUGCGCUGGCGCCCCGAGUACGACCUCGGCGUGCGGGAGGUCAUGGAGCCGCACUACGAGAAGAUGCUGUUGGACUACGAGGUGUUCGCCGGGGUGACGCUGAUGCGCAUGACGCUGAACCACGUGCACACGCUGAUCAACGACUGCGCGAAGUGGGGCACCUGCACGCUGGGGCGCUGGAUGCUGGAGCGCAACCAGCUGCAGCCGCGCGUCAUGGUCGUGCACGUAGACCAGACCGCCUACGCGUACGGUGUGGUCGCCGAGGGCAUGACGGUGAGCACGGUGAAUGGCUACGCCGUCUCCACUCUUGAGGACGUGCGGAAGCACUUCUUACCCAAAGGGACCACCUGGAGCCUGGCGACCGACAGGGGCAUCGUGCUCACGGUGAAGUUCCAGGAGACCCUGGCCGCCCAGCUGUUCAGUGCGUGGGCGGCCCCCAGCAACCGGUACCUCCUCACGCCCGCCGUGAAGGCGGCGGUCGCGGGCUCCCCGACGCUGAAGGACCUGGUGAGCAUGGCCUCGGCGCCGCACAGCGCCGGGUCGCCCGGCGCCAACGCCACCGUGGGGCGCAGCGCCUCCGCGGCCGCCGCCGCGGCGUCGUCCGGCCUCGCAGGCGGCGCCCCCGCCGAGCCCGCUGGUGGCGGCUCGCCGCGGCGCGGCCUGCGCGCGCGAGCCGGCCCGCUGCCUGUGUGACCCGGGGGAGGCCCAUCGUUGAGCUUCGAGCCUGGGUCCUCCUCCUCCUCGAUCCUUCUCCUCCUUCUCCUCCUCCUCCUCCUCCUCCUCCCAUCUCGCCUGAAGUAAUUUUGGCCCAAGGCCCAAGGUCGACUUAAUGCGCGAGUUGUGCUUGCCAUCUUUGCUCGUGCGUACGGGGUUCAUCUGCCGACAAAGCCCGAGCCUUAUGAUGAUGCCUUGGCCAAGAAACAAUAUGACAUGCUG